GUGGAAAUGUUUGCUGUCUAAACCUGUGGGGUAAGGACAGUGGACCAUUCUUUCAAGCUCUCCAUUUUACGUAUGGCUUAGGUGGAUUGAUAGCUCCUCUCGUAGCAGCUCCUUUCCUUGGUGAUUACUCUGAAUAUGAACAAUUGGGCGGUAAUAUGACGCUAGCUGCCAAUGAUAGUGGCUACCAAGUUCCGACAGAAGCAAUGUUUUUAAAUGCAUCAAGUAUAACUUCCGCUGAAAUACCCCGAGUCACCUACGCGUACAUGAGCAUUGGAGCCAUAUCGUGUUUUGUUACGCUUUUGUUUCUUGUGAUGUCAGUCAUAUCACCAAUCGAUGAAAGUGGUAGAAAACCUGAAGAAACAGCAUCUGGCAAUAGAAGUUUCGGAUUUACAGCCAUCAUCGUAAUUCUAACUACUAUCCUAAUCCAAACUUCAAUGGGUACUGAAGUUGGAUAUGCCCAAAUGCUAACCACUUAUGCCGUUAAAGGACCACUGCAUCUAACUCCGACUACUGGAAGCUACAUGACUUCAACCUAUUGGGCUGCAUUUACAGUUGCAAGGUUCGCAGGAAUAUUUUUGACUAUUAAAUUUAGCCAUUUAACUAUAUUAGUGUUUGAUGUCAUCGUAACGUUCCUUGGUGGACUAGUUUUAUUAUUUUUUGCCACUCACUACGAUUGGGCUCUUUGGGUUGCUUCCAUAUUUCUUGGAGUUGGAAUAGCAUCUUUUUUCCCAGCAUCAGUGAGUUGGAUUGAAAAAUAUAUCAAUAUCACAAACAAAAUAGCUUCAACAUUUCCUAUUGGAGCAGCUGUGGGAGAAAUGCUUAUUCCUUACGCAAUCAGCUAUUUUAUGGAAAAGAAGCCAGAAGUUUUUAUUUAUGUAGUUGUUGUAAGUUGCUCUAUAGCAAUUAUUGUUACUUUUUUCAUGUAUUUAAUAUUAAGAAAUACACCUGAUAAAUACACGAUAAAGAAAGGUGUUGAAAAUUCUGCAUAUGUUGAUAAGGAAAGUCAUAUAUAGUAUAAUUUUAGAAAUGCAAUAAAUUAAAAACUCCUCUUGUUUUGAAAAUGGUUAUAAAUAAAGUAUGUA